GACUGCGCAGAGCGGGCCCGCGGACUGCAGCGUUGGGGGUACGCGGGGCUUCCGCGCUCCCGGCCCUAGGUACAUCUCUAUGAAUAACUUAAAUGAUCCUCCAAAUUGGAAUAUCCGACCUAAUUCCAGGGCUGAUGGCGGUGAUGGAAGCAGGUGGAAUUAUGCCCUGUUGGUUCCAAUGCUGGGAUUGGCAGCUUUUCGUUGGAUUUGGUCUAGGGAGUCCAAGAAAGAAAUAGAAAAAGAGAGAGAAGCAUACCGUCGGAGAACCACUGCUUUCCAGCAGGAUCUUGAAGCCAAGUACCAUGCUAUGAUCUCAGAAAAUCGGCGUGCUAUUGCUCAGUUGUCUUUGGAACUUGAAAAGGAACAAAACAGAACGACCAGUUAUCGAGAAGCCCUUAUCUCUCAGGGGCGCAAGUUGGUAGAAGAAAAGAAGCUUCUGGAACAGGAACGGGCCCAGGUGAUGCAAGAGAGAAGGCAGCUGCAGCCUUUGAGGACUGCGUAUCUGAGCUGCCUGGAGAAGGAGGACGACUGGCAGAGGAGAGCCAAGCUUCUGCUGAAAGAGUUUGAAGACGCUCUCAGAGAAAGGCAGGGCAUCUACUGCAGUCUGUUUCUCCCUCGCCACAGGCGACUGGAGUUAGAGAAGAACCUACUGGUGCGAGCAUCCACGGACCCAGUUGCUGCUGACCUAGAGAUGGUAGCUGGUCUGACUGACAUAUUUAAGCAUGAUACGUAUUGUGGUGAUGUCUGGAAUACCAACAGACGCCAAAACGGGAAACUCAUGUGGCUGUACCUCAAAUACUGGGAACUAAUUGUCGAACUGAAAAAGUUCAAGGGAGUGGAGAAAGCCAUACUAGAAAAGUAAGACAAGCGUGAGGUGAAACUUCUUUUCGGGGCUCAAGGCCAGCUGUCGCCGUGCAUUCUGGGCAUCCAGCGUCUUCUGUGCAGUGCUCCCUGUGUUGUGACCUCCACUCCCGCCAUGCUCCGUGAGCAGAAGCACAGCGAGGCCUCAGAGACAGAAGGCUUCCUCCUCCAUCCGCUGCAGCUGUACAGAUAGAGUUUCCCUGAAGAGCUUUUUAAGCUACCGGUAUUUUGUUAAGCAGUAUAGUAUAAUCUCAUAUUUUAGUUCUAGGGUAAAAAUGGGUUUUUUAAAAAGUCAAAUACAA